AUGCUGGUUUUUGUAACAUUGAUCAACCUGAUACUAACAGCAGCUGGGUCUAUAGAAGAACGCAGAUCAUCUAGAAUACGAAAAAGAGAACAAGAGCGUUCAAAGGCAGAAGAAGCAUCUGGUGUAGAUGAACCAAAAGCAAAGAAACCAAGACAGAAAAGAACACAAAAAAAGGCUGAAGUGCCAAAGAAAGCACUAAAAAAGACACCAAAGAAAGCAGCAGAAAAGGUGCCUGAAAUCACAUUUGUUGCACAUCCAAUCAUUGUUAGUGGGAAAAUUGAUAUGCGAGUCUCCCUCGACACUGAAGAUGUGGAAGAAUUCCUUGAUAAAAACGAAAUUGGAAUACUGUUGAUGGAUGAAAAUUCUGAUGAAAUCAAUUAUGUUCCAGCUGUAAAAGAAAGAGUACUAAGAAACUCGAAAUCCAUUCGCUUGUCCCUCGAUAAUAUCGAUCUGACAAGUUUCACUAGCCUAUGUGUUGCGAUAAAGAACAAGGAAGAUGGUAGCUACCUAAAACCAUUGAAACAUUCAGGUACAGCACUAAUUCAGGUUGUAUGA